CACUGCACAUACACAUACAAACAAACACUCCUGUCCUUUGCAUUCCAUCCCCCCUCCCCCCCCCCCCCAACCCCUCCUCCCACACCCAUUCUGAACUCCUGCUCUCUCACUCUCUAGAAAUCCUCCUCCUCCUCAAUUUCCUUGCUCCCCAACCAAAUCAGGCACAACACAACAGCCAUAUUUCUCCCUCCUCUCUUCAACAAAAUACACCAAUUUUUUUCAUACAAAUCACAAGAACAAGAAAAUGGAGCUGUUCCCAGCACACCCAGACCUGCAGCUGCAGAUCAGCCCUUCCCCAGCCACCAAGCCAAUGGACUUAGGGUUUUGGAAGAGAGCUCUAGACAACACCUCGCCGGCAACAACAUCAGCAGCCACAGCCACGACAGCUCCAUUCGCCAUCGCCUCCUCGGCGCCGACAGCCGUCGGCGUCCACCCGGCGGCCGCCGUGCAUCAUCAGGGCUCGGGCCACCUCCCGUUCUUGCACCACACCCAGCCCAUCCUCCCGGAGGCGAGCGGCCUCCGCGACUUGGUUUCGAUGAGGCCCAUCCGUGGCAUCCCCGUGUACAACACCUCGCAAGGGCUCCCCUUGCUCCAAAGCCACCCCCACCCGCACCACCAGCAGCAGCAGCAUUGCUACGACGCGAUCGGCAUGGGCCACGCCGCGGCCGCCGGCGGGCCGAGGUGUCCCAAGGCCGCGCUGCGGCUCGCGUCGGCGCCGGCGAAGCGGGGCGCGCGCGCGCCGAGGAUGCGGUGGACGACGUCGCUGCACGCGCGGUUCGUCCACGCAGUCGAGCUGCUGGGGGGCCACGAGAGAGCUACACCCAAGUCAGUUCUUGAGCUAAUGGACGUCAAGGAUCUGACCUUAGCCCAUGUAAAGUCGCACUUGCAGAUGUAUCGGACCAUCAAGACCACUGACCACAAACCAGCAGCUGCGUCAUCCUAUGGGCAAGAAGCUGCUAAAAUGAUUAUAGAAAUCCCCGACGACAACCUGUUCGACGUCACCAACACCACCAGCGGAUCUGAGUCGUCUGCCCAGCAAUCAAACCCUGAUGGCAACGAGCAUGGUUCCAACAUGUGUGCUCUGUGGAACAACUCUUCAAUAAGUAGGGGUGCCUGGUUCCAUGACAUAUCAAGAGAUGCCACUCCCGGCGACAUCAAAUCCGUCGAGGACGUGCAAUCACAAAGCCUUGACGAUGUCUCCGACCUCAACUCGUCGCCGUUCCAAGUAACCGGGAUGCUCAGCAGCAAGAAACCGAACCUAGACUUCACCCUAGGACGAAUAUGAUCCGUCGUCGACACUUCGACUGAUCAAAAUUAAGGAUUGGAAGGCUAGCUGCAUAGAUCAAAGUGCGUCUAAGUAGCCACAUGACCUGAUGGUGCAUGUAUAUGCAUGCAUGCGUGCUCCAUAUGGUCGUACGUAGCUGGUGAAGGGAACCAAAGCUUGAAGAAAGGAAAAGAGAGGCUAGGAGUAAAGAAUAAGAUGAGACAACCGUCCAUCUAGGAACAAAGCGCAAAAGGAGAUAGGGGGAGACAUUGGUGCGUGCAUGUGUGUGCAUGCCUGUAUGUGCGUGGUAGAUACAUAGCUAGUAUAUAGGCUUUAUCAAAGGCAGCAGGCAAGAGCGAGAGGUAGCUUGCUGCCCUGCCUGCUCAAAGCUAGGGCAUAUGCAUAUGCUCGUUGCUUGCUUCUGGAUGGUGUACCCAUGAAGAGACGUCAGGUGUGUGUGUGUUCCUGCAGAUGCAUGAGCUAGGUAUGGCCCGGUUGGCCGGCCAAGGUUAAAAAAAGGCUUCAUCUUUUGUUGUAUGCUUAUGCCACAAAAAGUGUGUAAAGAGAGCUCAUACGCGUUUAUGUAUGGAGUCAUGAACCAUGCACGGACUCAAGGAGUAGUACCUCUUGC